AUGGUGACGCUGCUUCCGAGCUUGCUUCAGCAACACCUUAGCAACGCAACUGUUGUCAACCCUUCAGCACUCGCCUCUGAUGCUCAUAAAGUCUGUGAAAAGGUCUUUUUGCAGCUAACUGAUGAUUUGACCUGCACUGAGAUAGCUCGUUUGACGCCAGGAUAUGAAGUGGGUGAUCUCAUUCGACUCUUGGAGCACCUUCGUGCGGCUGCUUUAUCACGCCAAGACAAGGAAGAAUUGAAUAACAUUGCAUUAGGACUCACUGUUGAAGCUACCUCGAGCAGGGAAUUCAGUGUAAGGGUAUUGCAGAUUUAA